AUGGGGGACUCAUGGUCCUCCGGAGAUUCCCUUCAUCAGUGCAAGUGCUAUUCCUUAAGAAUUGUGGUUGUCAUGAGUAACUGCGAUAUCCCUGGAGAACACUUAAGAAUCACAAGAUGGAUAGCUAGUUCAUGGUGGGGAGAUAGGUCCAAGAUCAAGGCAGGAAGUCAGUCUGCAGAUCAGGGCCCAGAUCACCAGGUUCGAAAACCAGACAUGGACAUGGCUGGGAUAAAGCUGGAGACAAGCACACCUACAGCACAGUUCAGGAAAGGACAGAAGGAUGAGGGUGAUGAUGAAUUGAGGCUGAUUAAUGGACCUGGUCCCUGCGCUGGGAGAGUGGAAAUAAAACAUGAGGAGCAGUGGGGGACUGUAUGUGAUGGUGAUUGGAAGAUAGAAGAUGCUGAGGUUGUUUGUAAGCAACUUGGAUGUGGAUCUGCUGUUCAGGCUCUUAAUCAAGCUCCUUUUGGAGAAGGAUCUGGACCAACAUGGCUAUAUCGAGUUGAUUGCCGUGGUGAUGAAUCUGCUCUCUGGAACUGCUCACAUCCAGGGUGGGGUAUAUUUACCUGCCCUCACUAUUUUGAUACUGGAGUGAUCUGCUCAGGUUUCUCCGGGCUGCGUCUGACAGGAGGGGACAGUGCCUGCUCAGGACAUCUGGAAGUAAGGAAAGAAGAAAGCUGGGCUGCGGUCUGUUAUUCACAUAUUGAUUUCAAAGCUGCAUCUGUUAUAUGCAAUGAGUUAGAAUGUGGGCAGGCUGUGGAUAUCUUGAGAGGAACUCACUUCGAAGAAGGACGUGAGCUGAUCUGGCAGGAAGAGUUCCAGUGCUAUGGCGGGUACAGGCUGGCAAAUGGCACUACCACAUGUUCAGGGAGAGUAGAACUUCUUCAUGGAGGCAUGUGGGGAAUUCUUUGUGACUACAUGUGGGACCUCCCAGCUGCCAAUGCCCUCUGCCAACAGCUGGACUGUGGAGUUGCCCUAUCGAUCCCAAGCGGACAGUCCUUUGGGAAAGGAAAUGGAUCAUUCUGGAAUGGCACAUUUGGAUGUGAAAAGAAUGGCUCAUGGCUGAGAGACUGUCGUGUUGGUGUGCUGGGUCGCACUGACUGCCCUGCUGGAAAAGAUGCUCGUGUGGUGUGUUCAGGGUGUCAAGGGGCUAGGUUGGUGAAUGGCACCACAUGCUCUGGAACAGUGGAGAUCCGACAUGGAGACAAAUGGGGAAAACUCUGUGGCUCCCACUGGAAUUUGCAAGCUGCCAGUGUCCUUUGUAAUCAGCUCAACUGUGGCUACGCAAAGUCCAUUCAAAUAGGACAGCAUUUUGUGGAUGGAAAUGGACCUGUAUGGAGAGACGCUUUCUACUGUGAAGGAACUGAGUCCUGCCUGUGGGACUGUGCUCACAUGACUUUGGGCAAUCCUUCCUGUUCAGCCAGAGAAGCAGCCACUGUUGUUUGCUCAGGCCUUGCUGAAUCACUCAGACUUGCAGGUGGAGAGAGCCGCUGUGAUGGACGAGUUGAAAUCUCACUCUAUGGCAUGUGGAGAAGAGUUCUGGAUGAUGACUGGGACAUUAAAGAUGCUAAUGUGGUCUGCAGACAGCUGCAGUGUGGAAUUGCCGAUAAAGCCUAUUACCCUUCAAGGUCUGAACGAGGGAUGGGUCUUGUUGGUUUAAGAAGUGUCCAGUGUUAUGGAAAUGAGACUCAGCUGAUGCUCUGCAAGACCUCCUAUUCUGGAACAGUGCCAGUAGGAGUUGCUGAGGACGUUGGUGUGAUAUGCUCAGGGAGCAGGCAGAUCAGGCUGGUGAAUGGGACAAAGCGCUGUGCUGGGAGAGUGGAGCUUUAUCAUGAUGGCAUAUGGGGAACCAUUUGUGAUGAUGCCUGGGAUCUAUCAGAUGCCAAUGUUGUUUGCAAACAGCUGGGAUGUGGGCAUGCCAUCCAGGCUUUUGCCUCUGCUCAUUUUGGAGAAGGCUCAGGACACAUCUGGCUGGAUGAUGUGAACUGCACUGGGAAUGAAUCUGAUCUCUGGACAUGUUCCUCCAGGGGAUGGGGCAAGCAUAACUGCCGACACAAAGAAGAUGCUGGAGUCCUCUGCUCAGAGUUCCUGGCUCUAAGGCUGGUGAAUGGAGGUGACUGUGCUGGGCGGCUAGAAGUUUUCUACAAUGGGACAUGGGGAAGCAUUUGCUCCAAUCGGAUGUCUCAACUCACUGCCAUAACUGUAUGCAGACACCUGAACUGUGGAGAUGGUGGAGAAAUUGCAGGAGACUUCCAGUAUGGCAGAGGUUCUGGGCCCACAUGGCUAGACCACAUUGAGUGCACUGAGCAGCAUAGCUUGCUCUGGCAAUGUCAGUCAGACCCCUGGCAUCCUCAGUCAUGUGAUAAUCGAGCAGAAGAGACACAUAUUUCUUGCACUGAAAAGGAGAAGUUACGUGUUACAGGAGGAGAGGAUGGAUGCUCAGGCAGAGUGGAGAUUUGGCACCAAGGUUCCUGGGGAACAAUCUGUGAUGAUUCCUGGGACAUGGCAGAUGCUGAUGUUGUAUGCAGACAGCUGGGUUGUGGAUCUGCUGUGUCUGCUUUGAGUGAAGCUGCUUUUGGGAAAGGGACUGGUCCCAUCUGGUUGGAAAAAGUGCACUGCAAAGGGACAGAGCUGUCUCUUUGGGACUGUCCUACCCAGUUCUUAUCCAACAAGAACUGUGAUCAUAAGGAAGAUGCUGCAGUGGAUUGUUCUGAUCGUCCCCGUCAACCUGCAAAACAGAGUGAGAGAGUCACGACUCCUGUCAUCCUCUGCAUUAUCCUGGGGUCCCUUCUCUGCCUGGUCCUUGCCAUUCUCUGCAGACAGUUCCAGACUGCCAGGGCACAGCAGAGAGGCUCCAGACAAUCCUUUGACCCCUUCUCAGAGGCCGUCUAUGAAGAAAUCAAUUAUAACCUGAUGAAGGAGAAGCAACAGAUAACUGCCCUUUCAGAGGGUUCACCAACAAAAGCAGAGUUUUACAGUGGGAACAGCAACGAAAAUGGUUCUGGAGUAACACAAGAUAAUGGAAUAUGGACUGGCCCUAAAAAGAAAGAGAUCCAAUUACUGCUCUCAUUAGGGGAAGAUCUCUUCCCAUUAAGAUUAAUGCCUGUAACUGUUCCAGAAGUCCUUUCACUGCCUGGAAAUACUCUGGAAGAUAAUUAUGAUGAUGUGACAGAAGCUCCUGAACCAAAAGAUGAUCCUCUUUCUGAGAAGAAUGAUCAGGAAAUCAUUGUGGUCAUUGAAGAAAGUCAUGGAAAUGGGGAUUCACAGACUGUUUGGAAUCCUAAUGAACCAGGAAACAGGACCUCUGAGACUGAGAGAAAGGAUUCAUUCCCUCAUCUUGAAGAUAUAUCUUAUGAUGACAUUGAAGAGCUGGGACACUGA